CCUGCCCGGAGAAGUGACGUGUGUUUUAGCGGCUAGUGUGGUGACGUGUCUUUAGUGUUCGCUCUUUUCGUAUCGAGCUGCUGGAUGGAGCCACACUGACUCCACGGAACACGACAACUACUACCGUUAACUCAACCGGAGUCGACCCGAGGGUAACAUGGGAAUUAAGUUUUUGGAGGUCAUCAAGCCGUUCUGUGCGGUCUUACCUGAAAUUCAGAAACCAGAAAGAAAGAUUCAGUUUAGAGAAAAAGUACUAUGGACAGCUAUCACGCUCUUCAUUUUCCUGGUGUGCUGCCAGAUCCCUCUCUUUGGCAUCAUGUCAUCAGAUUCAGCCGAUCCUUUCUACUGGAUGAGAGUAAUUCUGGCUUCCAACAGAGGUACUCUGAUGGAGCUGGGUAUCUCACCCAUCGUCACGUCAGGCCUCAUCAUGCAGCUGCUUGCUGGUGCCAAGAUCAUUGAGGUCGGAGAUACGCCCAAGGACCGUGCGCUCUUCAAUGGCGCCCAGAAAUUGUUUGGUAUGAUCAUCACCAUCGGGCAGGCGAUCGUAUAUGUCAUGACUGGCAUGUAUGGUGACCCCUCAGAGAUGGGUGCUGGAAUAUGCUUGCUCAUCAUCAUCCAGCUUUUUGUUGCUGGUUUGAUUGUUCUGCUGCUUGAUGAGCUGCUCCAGAAAGGCUACGGUCUGGGCUCUGGUAUCUCUCUUUUCAUUGCCACCAACAUUUGCGAGACCAUUGUCUGGAAGGCUUUCAGUCCCACCACUGUAAACACUGGCAGAGGUACCGAGUUUGAGGGCGCCAUUAUUGCUCUCUUUCACCUGUUGGCCACUCGCACGGACAAAGUACGCGCUCUGCGAGAAGCAUUCUACAGGCAAAACCUGCCCAACCUCAUGAACCUCAUCGCCACGGUCUUUGUUUUCGCAGUGGUCAUAUACUUCCAGGGAUUCAGGGUGGACCUACCUAUCAAGUCAGCCCGCUAUCGCGGUCAAUACAACACGUACCCCAUCAAACUGUUCUAUACCUCCAACAUCCCCAUCAUCCUCCAGUCAGCCUUGGUUUCCAAUCUUUACGUCAUCUCCCAAAUGCUGUCAACACGUUUCAGUGGAAACUUCUUGGUUAAUCUCCUGGGCACGUGGUCUGACACAUCGACUGGUGGACCAGCUCGAGCCUACCCAGUAGGCGGUCUCUGCUACUACUUGUCUCCCCCAGAAUCCUUUGGUUCUGUUCUUGAUGACCCGGUUCACGCUGUCAUCUACAUUGUCUUCAUGCUUGGCUCUUGUGCCUUCUUUUCCAAGACCUGGAUUGAAGUUUCGGGAUCCUCUGCCAAAGAUGUGGCUAAGCAACUGAAAGAGCAGCAGAUGGUGAUGAGGGGACACAGAGAGACUUCCAUGGUGCAUGAGCUGAACAGGUACAUCCCCACAGCUGCUGCCUUUGGUGGUCUUUGUAUAGGAGGCCUGUCUGUAAUGGCUGACUUCCUGGGGGCCAUCGGUUCUGGCACAGGAAUCCUUUUGGCCGUGACUAUCAUCUACCAGUACUUUGAGAUAUUUGUAAAAGAGCAGAGUGAAGUGGGAAGCAUGGGAGCUCUGCUCUUCUAGAAUAGGCCAAGUCAACAAUAUAUAGCAUACACACCCUCCAACCAUGUCACUCUUUUGCGUUCCGUCAUGUUUCUGUUUUCAUUUUUUUGUGGCAAUUUGCACAAUCGGUUCAUUUUGCAUUGGGGGUCUCUCUGUCAUUGUCAAGAGAGCUAUUUUGUUUUCUCCUUGCUUUGAGCUUAGUAUUGUCUCCAGCCAUUUCUUUCGCUCUUAGUCAUCCAUGGUGGGCUGCCGGGCUUGCCACUUAUUGUUUCCUCAAUUGAAGAAUCCCUCAACACGCAUAAGUGUGUGGUGCAGUCCUCUGACUCACCUUAGGCAUUUUUCACUGAGAACACUAUGGAAAAAAAAAGAAAAAAACGUGUAUUUCAAACUUAAGACACGUGUAAGAAAUCCAUGUCGGGAUGUGAAGAGUAUGAACAAAGUGUACUUUUUGUUAUCUUGGCAGAUUGUCUACAUACCUUUUAUGUGUAUAUUUUCAGUGACGGACUGUUCAUAUUCUCACUGGUCUUAAGUAGGACACAGUAUGUUUGUCCUAUAUCUCCGGCUAGUAAAGUGAAGUGAUGGUCUGCACUGUCUUACUCAUAAUUCCCAGACUGAAUUGCUGCACAAAACUGCCCGGGUGGACAGUAAGCGGGUGGGUUUGAUAUGAACGCAAAGGGGGUUUCAUUUUGGUUUUUACUCUUAUGUAACAGACAUAAUUGUGUUAUUAAAAAUGUUUUUCCAACAA